AUGAAGCGCAAGGACGGAGACGGUCCCGAGGUUCUAGUUCAACGCUGGAGCCGCCCUCCCCUGUCGUGUGCCUCGUGCCGGUCGCGUAAAAUCCGAUGUGAUCGUGUCCAGCCUUGCUCCAACUGCACGCAACGGUGCCUCCCUUGUGUCUAUCCCGCUGGGCGCCAUCCUCAGUUGGGAACUAAUGGCCGAGGCCGCGGCCUGAACGCAGGGCAGACCGCAGGAAUCCAGACCAUCCGGCCAGAAUCCGAGCCAAGUCCUGUUACCCAGUCUCGCCCGCGGGAUCCCACUGCGCCCUCAUUUGAUGUCCUUGACCGGAUUCGCAGGCUUGAGGACGUUGUUCUACGAUGUGAUCCGAGAUUAUCUGCUACAAAUGAUAUCGAAUGGACAGAUGUUCGUCCUCCCCCUCCACGGAUGCAACGACCGUGGAUUCCAUACACGCAGGAGCAUACGGGAGACCGACGCCCUCCUGCGGGUUUGAAUUGGAUAAUGACAUGUCUCCCGGCACGGAGUCAAGCCCAAGAUUUGUUCUCUCUGUUUGUCCGCUGCAUGCAACCAACCCAUGGUGUCAUCCCAGUCCCAUACGCGAAAGCCGUGAUGGAACAGAUCUAUCAAAACAGAGAGAGUGGAGAAAGUCCAAGCCUUCCUGAGCUUGCCCUACUUUUCAGCAUCUUCGCCGGCGCCGCAUUGUCAGGCAGCCCAGAAUCACUGAGCAGUCUGUGUGCAAGCCAAGAGGAAAUGAGAACCCUUUUUGUCGGUUAUAGUGAUCUCGCUCUGUCGAUAUUGGACGACAACGCGUACCCGACCACCCCAUAUAUCAUGACCUUGCUUGCCAUCAGCACAUUAACCCACGUUCUUUCCCACACAGACGGCUACUCUGACAAGGUGCACAUGCUGCGAGUUCGCCAACUUCUACUAGCCCAGUCAAUGCAGAUGCAUCGGUUGGAUACGGCCAAACGACGCGAGGAGCGGAGGCUCAAGGGGUAUGAUGUUGUGGAACUUGAAAUCUCUCGCCGCAUCUGGUGGCAUAUGGUCGCCUCAGACUGGCUGUUGGCGCUCAUGGGAGGGCCCCAAGAGGGCGUUUACCUCAUGCAGCCAAAACAAAUGAGGGUUGACUACCCGAAAAACAUUGACGAUGAGUUGAUUGCGACAGACAAAACUGACGGGGGUCUGCCCCUAACGAUGCCUACGUCAGCAUCGUGCUUUAUCUAUCGAGUUCGUUUUGCUGAAAUCUGUCGUGAAGUUAUUGACACGAUACCAGUCGUCUUCCUGGAGUCGUCAGAUCAGGCCACUCAAACCCUGGAUUACGAAGUAAUCCUAUCCCUUGACAUGAAAUUCCAGCUUCUCAUCCAGGAUCUUCCAUCCUUCUUCCAACUAGAUCCAGCUAGAAUCCAGCAAAGCGAGGGCAUUUGUCGAGAGCGACCGUAUAUCGCGUGGCAGCGUACGAUGCUGCAUUUGAGCAUCCACGGUCGCAUUUGUCGGUUACAUCGACCGUUCCAUCUCGAAGGGAUCCGGAAUCCGAAAUAUGCCUACUCUCGUGAAAUGUGCAUUCGGUCUGCUGAGAUUGUGUUGAACUUGCGGCGCUCCAUGGACAACAUUGGCGCCCUAGUGGGAUUGCAGCCUAAGCGUUUUUGGCUGCUCAUGCAACAUGUUUUUAUUGCUGCGAUUACACUCGCUAUGGAUGUGUCUUUAAAUCCACAAGCGCCAGGUGCAGACAGCCGCAAGAGCGAGGUGUUGGCAGCUUGCCAGAUGUUGGAGAAGUCCAAACACGAGUCGGCACCACUCAAGGAGGCAAUCCAGAAAAACACUCAGACCUUGCUGGCUAUCCUGCAGAACCAACAGUCCAUACCGAUGUCGCAGCGGGAGUCCGAUAUUGGUCCCGGUCUCAGCGAUCCGGAUUAUCAAUCAAGCGCGCGACAGCCAGCUUCCGUUUUGGAGCGACAGAUUCUGCCUCCCGAAACGCCCAUGAGGCAUGUUGUGGUGCCGAGAAACGAUUUCCAUAUGACGAGUGAUUCCAUGGGCAUUGGUGUCGAUUCCCCAGCCCACUCUGGCGACUCGGAGAUUUGGGGUCAGCUAUGGUCGGAUGUUUUCAAUGCUGGCUUGGACCCGGACCUAUCUCAGUGGAGUCUCUUGUUUGAUGAUAUAGAGCUUUCUGGGGUUUGA